AUUGCAAGCUUUACCAGACAGUUGAUAUAAAGCAGUCCUGGACGAUGUUUUGUUUUUAUUCGUGCAUUAUUGAAAACUCUUGGAUGGCAAAGUCCUUCAGAUGCGACCUGGGAGCUGGAGAAGAGCCUAGGAGCAGCUUUUAGCACAUGCAAAGCGCACAAUGGAUGUAGCCGCCCCACUGGGAUGAAGCUGGCCAGCGCACCAUGCCAACAUGCAUCUCCAGCAGGCCUGCCACCGCCGAGGGGCUUGUUUCCCACAAUGAGCUUGGCAAGCAGCAGGAGGCUUCUGGCUUUCCGCAUUGCUUGCAAGCCCUGAAGUCGACCCAUUUGGGCGAGAUGGAUUCCUUCGUGGUGGUGACAGAGUAUGACCCUGCUUCCAGGCCUUCGCAGGGCGGGCGGGACGAGCAGGAGGAUGAGGAGCCCAUGGAGCCCUGCGAGGAGCAGCUGGUGGCGCCAGACCCAAGAGGAUUGGAAGAGGAGGCUUUUCCUGGGGGUGCUCUGGGGGGCCCCUUGCAAGAGACAAGGGAACCUCGAAUCAAACUGAACCUUUCAAGUCGCAAACUCUCUCUCCAGGAAAGGUCGCAGUCCGUCCAGUCUCCCGGCAAUGGCGAGGCCGUUAAUGGACGCUACAUUUAUCCUUCUCUUCCUUAUUCCCCGGUCACGUCUCCGCAUUCCUCGCCUCGUCUGCCCCGGAGGCCGACGAUAGAAUCCCACCGAGUUUCUAUCACAGGAUUGCAAGACUGUGUGCAGCUAAAUCAAUAUACGUUGAAAGAUGAAAUUGGAAAGGGCUCCUACGGGGUUGUGAAGCUGGCAUACAAUGAAAAUGACAACACCUACUAUGCAAUGAAAGUGCUUUCCAAGAAGAAGCUGAUGAGGCAGGCGGGAUUUCCACGCCGUCCUCCUCCUCGUGGUGCCAAGCCCCCUCUGGAAGGCUUCUGCCAACCCAAAGGACCCAUUGAGCAGGUCUACCAAGAAAUCGCCAUCUUGAAAAAACUCGACCACCCAAACGUAGUGAAGUUAGUGGAGGUGCUAGAUGACCCCAGUGAAGACCACCUGUACAUGGUGUUUGAACUUGUGAAGAAAGGGCCUGUGAUGGAAGUCCCAAACCUGAAACCUCUGACUGAAGACCAGGCACGCUUCUAUUUCCAAGACCUGAUCAAAGGCAUUGAAUAUCUGCACUACCAAAAGAUAAUCCACCGGGAUAUUAAGCCUUCCAAUCUUUUAGUUGGGGAAGAUGGUCACAUCAAAAUAGCCGAUUUUGGCGUGAGCAAUGAAUUCAAAGGGACAGAUGCCCUGUUAACCAACACCGUGGGGACCCCAGCGUUCAUGGCACCCGAGACCCUCUCUGAGACCAGAAAAAUAUUUUCUGGAAAGGCUUUAGAUGUUUGGGCUAUGGGGAUCACUCUCUACUGCUUCGUCUUUGGGCAGUGCCCUUUUAUGGAUGAGAGGAUUUUGAGUUUGCACAGCAAAAUCAAGAGCCAGAUGCUGGAAUUUCCUGACCAGCCAGACAUUUCUGAUGAACUGAAGGAUCUGAUCAUGCAGAUGCUGGACAAGAAUCCCGAAUCCAGGAUCACAGUCCCAGAAAUUAAGAGCCUGUUCCAGUUGACAACCCUGCCGCUAUGCUAUGGACCAGUUCCAGUUGCCAAAUGCGCUUCAGAGGCCCUGACAGCCUAUUACAAGAAAUUCAAUCUAGAAGCUACCAUGGUGCACCCCUGGGUCACCAAGAACGGGGUGGAACCGUUACCGACAGAGGACGAGAACUGCACGCUCAUAGAAGUGACCGAAGAAGAGGUUGAGAAUUCGGUUAAGCACAUCCCAAGCUUGGCCACUGUGAUCCUGGUGAAAUCAAUGAUCAGGAAAAGAUCUUUUGGGAACCCGUUUGAGGGGAGUAGAAGAGAAGAACGAUCCCUUUCUGCCCCAGGGAAUCUGUUGACAAAAAACAAAUCGGGAACUGUGAAAUAUUUCAUCAGUCAAAGCAGGAAGCAAAGCAGCGAAGACAACCUUAAGAGCAUCAGUGACCUGCCAAACGUGGGCGAGAAUGAACUGCUUUCCUGAAAGCUGCCAUUCUGGUUGGUGCGCACCCUCUGGUCCCACCCCAACUCCCCACCCCUGACUCCGUCACAAAGCAUGUGUCCAUGGAGGGAGAAGCCCGUGGAGCCCAGGGCGAUCCAACCAGCAUUCUGUGAGGCUGGUAACCAUAUAGAUGCUGAAUGUAGAGCUUUUUGUGGCAGCAUGCUGUACAAAACAGAAUUCGUUCAGCCGCCGUAAAUAAGGACCAUCACAGGAUCAUGUCUGAUAUCAAAAUACGAGGACCUUAAGCUGGCCUGCUGCUGGACUUCAUCUGGAUGGAGCGAUGGGAGAGCUCAUCAUACUGAUUUUGCAAAAAUCAACCAAACUAUCAACCACAUUUAGGGUGGGGAGAAACUCCCAGGUCAAAUAUUUCAUGAAGAAAAUGGUCCUUAUUUUAAAAGUGUGUUGAAAGUGGGCAGCUAAGUGUGAUACUUUCGAUCAAGCGGAGAUUGUGUUUGCAUCCUUCCAGUAACAUACAUAUUUCUCUUUUUUGCUUUGGUGUUUACUAUACAUACAUUUUUUUGUAUUGAUAUUUUUUACUGCAUGGAAACCAAACAGAAAUGCCACAUCGGGGUUUUCGGUGAUGCUUGGGCUUUUGUGAUUAGAGAUUAUUCACAGCUACAUUUGAGAGUGGUUUGCCUUGAUUUCAUUUGACCAUCCUCAAGACCAUAGCAGUGGUGCGGUUUGUGGGAUUUUGAGUGCUCCAGACAUACAAGGUGGGAAAAGCCCCUUUCUUUUCUUUUUGAAGGGCUGUAUGUGCCAGAAGAACACACAGAGUGCUCGACUUCAGUACAAUCAUGCUCAAGCACAAAUUUGAAAACAUGCACUGUUGGGUGAAAACGAUGUUGUAUCUAGCUGAUGAAGUGAUAACAAGAAUUUCCUGCUAGCAGUUUUACUUGAUCUCUGUUAUCUGUAUGAGCAUGUACAAAAAAUAAUAAUCAGGAUUUUUAAAAUAAUUAUUAUAACCCAACACUUCCUGUUAUGUAACAUGGUUUAAUACAUUUUAACAGAAUAACAGAUAACUUCUGCAGUUUUUGAAUACAGUCCAAUGAAUUUUACUGAAAUAUA